AUAGUAUUGUUUUUGGUGAUAUUAUUAUAGAAUCAGUUGUUAAUAUUAGUGCAGAUAUUGUUGUAGGUAUUGUUGCAAGUGUUGUUGUAGUUGUUACUGCAGGUGGUAUUGCAAAUGUUGGUGUAGAUAUUGUUACAAAUAAUGUUGUAGGUAUUGGUGUUGAUAUGCUUGCUACUACAGUUGUUGCUGCUAUUGUUGUUAUUGGAAUUGAUAUUGCAGAUAUAAAUAUAGAUGCUUCAAUUAUUGAAUUAGGAUUUUCUUUAUACCAUUUG